UAUGAAGAAGAAGUUGAGACUACUUCUCAACCAACCAAUUAUUCCUUUCCCAUUGAUUUGAAUCAUGAAGGUGGUGAUGAUCCCAUCCAUCCAUCAAUCCAUCGCUGCAUAUCUAAGAGUAAGAGGAAAGCUGGAUCGGCAACGCCUACACCUUUUUCGGGCCCUACUUCCCCAAUCGCCAAAUCCCUCUUCCCCAUGUGCUUUGCUUCGUCACCCCUUGCUGGCAAAUCACCCAAUCAUCCAAUCAUCCAAUCACCUCUCUCUCUCUCUCUCUCUCUCUUUCUAUGCUAUACAGAGGUAGCUUCAGGUGCAAAUGGCAGAGUGAGAAGAGAGUGAAAACUGGAAUGAGUAGAGUUGUUGAUAUCACAGUUUCCAAGAUCUUCUUCUCUGGGAUUAUGCACAUUUAAAGCUUUCUGCUACUCUCUUGUACUUCUCAUGGAUUCGAGUACUCGUCUUGAGUAUGCUCUGUUCCAACUCACCCCUACCAGAACCAGGUGUGAUCUCGUUGUCUUCGCCGGAGGUCGCAGUGAGAAAUUAGCAUCUGGACUACUUGAGCCAUUCGUUUCGCAUCUUAGAUGCGCCAAGGAGCAGAUUUCCAAGGGUGGCUACUCCAUCACGCUUCGGGCUCCCACUCCCGCCGACUCCGCCUGGUUCACCAAGGCCACGUUGGAACGGUUUGUGAGGUUUGUUAGCACACCUGAAGUUCUUGAGAGGUUUGUGACGAUCGAAAGGGAGAUCUUACAGAUUGAGACCUCGGUUCAACCCAAUGAAUUGUCAAAUUCUACUGCUGCAGGUCAAGCAGAAGAAGGCAAUGUGAAAGGUGCUGAUGGCCAUUCCAAGAAAUCGACUACUUCCUCUCAGGCAAAAGCCGACUCUAAUGGCAGUGAUAAUGUUGCACAAGAAGAAAACUCCAAGCUUCGCCUUCAGCGUCUUUUGGAGACUCGCAAAGCGGUGCUUCGUAAGGAGCAGGCUAUGGCUUAUGCUCGUUCCUUUGUUGCUGGAUUUGAUAUGGACCAUAUAGAUGAUCUUUUAUCCUUUUCUGCUGCUUUUGGAGCUUCCCGCUUAAGGGAAGCAUGCAUAAAUUUCAAGGACCUCUGUAAUAAAAAGCAUGAUGAUGGGCUUUGGAUGGAUGAAUUAGCAGCAAUGGAGGCAUGCACUCAGCCAGAGCUGCCAUACUUGGGAACAUCUGGAAUCAUACUUACAAGUGAUAAUAGCAAUCCAAAUCCUGGGGUCAUGCCAAUUUCUCAUUUUGGUCUCUCUAAUGGGCAACUAGAGCGAGCUGGGUCUUUAGAUGCUUCAGUUUCUGAAUCAACCACGGGCAAUUCAAGUUCAGACAUUAACCAAGGUCAGAUGCCACAAACUUCUGUGAAAAAUCAAGUGCCAAUGCCAUGGACAGACCAGCUUCCUCCGUACAUGUACAAUUUCCAAAGCCCUCUUAUGCAACAAUUGCAUCCAUAUCAAGGGUACAGUAUCCAUGGGAUGCAGGGUUUCCCUCCAUAUUAUCAGGGAAAUAUGCAUUGGUCUCCAAAUACGGAUAAUGGCCAUGGUCAUGGUCCUGUCCAAGAACCAGAUCACCGUCGAAAGGGAAGGUUCCCAAAUGGGAAAGGACAUGAAACUUUAGAACAAGAUGAACAAACUGAGCCCAGUGACUCUACUUCUGGCAGUGACCUAGAUUCCGAUUUGCAGCAGGAAAUCAAGAAUUCAACGGAACAGCCUCAACUGCACAAAAGAAGGCACAAAAAGAAAUCGUCAAGAACGGUUGUUAUACGCAACAUUAAUUACAUCACUCCUAAAAGGAGGGAAGGAAACAAUGAUAGUGAAGUUGAUGAUUCUUCUUCAUUUGAGGAUGAAUUCAUUGAUGGAGAUUUUCUCAGACAGAAGGUAAAGGAUGCUGUUGGUUCUUUUGAGAAGCACCAUAAGUCAACCCCAGGUCAUCAUAAGAAGAGAGGUGGAGACAAACAUGCAAACAUUGCGAAUGGAUCUAAUGCUGCUUCUGAUGAGGGUCAUGAGAAUGAAUUUGAUGCAAAAACUUCAGAUGGAGCCAAAAACUCUGAGAACUGGGACACCUUCCAGAACCUUCUGAUGAGAAAUGAUGAGCCAAGUGCCAGUGGUGGGGAUACACAAACUGUAAAUGUCCGAGAUGAAUAUUUUGCAAUCAAGAGCUCUGAGCCAGGAAAACCAUCUGCAUUUACCAGUCCAGUAGACCUGGAAUCAGAGAAAGAAACAAAGCAGCGACAUGCUGACACUGAUUCUUUCUUUAUGACUGAAAGAGAUACAGGUAAUGAGAGUAGGAUCUCCAUGGAAAAUUUUGGAAGUAGUGAAAAUUUCCGCCCAGGCAUGAAGAAAAGGGAUUGCAGCGAUGAAGAAUUGCUAUAUCCACAGAGAAUAGAAGGGUCAGGGAGAAAUGUCCAGGAUGCUCUGUCUGAAUGUACAAUUGAGUCAUCUGUGCUCAAGACUCAAAAAGCUGAAGACUGGUUUGUUAUUAAUCAAUCCAAAACAUUUGCAGGCCAUGAUGCAACCAUUGGACAUGCUAUCUUUGAUGGAGAUCGGAGUUUAACACCAGACAGGGCUUCUUUCCAAAUUGAGAAGACUAAAAAAGAUCUUGUUGAUGACUCUUUCAUGGUGCAGGAUCGAUCAAUUGUUGAUCAAUGUGAUUCUCUAUGGAGAACAGAUAUAAGCAUGGUUUCAGACCUUAUUGUAGCUGUUCCCCAUGAAAAUGGUUCUGCAGAUCUUUCAAGAGAGAAGGCUGUAGUCACCUAUGAGCCACCAGAUGAUCUUUACAUGGUGCUUGAUCGGGGUUCAGGCAUGGAGUCUUCUGCCGCACCAUGGACUCCUGAAAUGGAUUAUGGAAUGGAUAUUUCAUUUGCUGAAUCUGAAAAAAAGAGCUCUAGUGUGGAGGGAAAUGAUUAUGCUGAUAAUAAGUUUCCCUCUAAUGGUAAAAGCACCGGCGGUAAGAACAGUAAAGAUUCUCAAGCAAAACUUUCAGGGAGAGAAACAAACUCUAAACCCUCGCGUGGAUCUCUAUUAAAGAGUAAAUCUGAGAAUGUCUCAAGGAUCAAGAAACCACCCACUGUAAGCAGAGCUGCAGUACAUAAAAACAAACUGGAGAAGGAAGAAGAGAAUAGGAAGAAAAUGGAGGAAUUAUUGAUUCAACGCCAAAAAAGAAUUGCUGAAAGAAGUGCUGCUAGUGGUUGUGCAUUAGCAACACCUAGAAGAGCCUCACUGGACGGUAAAACAGCAAUAACUUCGACAAAGCGUGAGAAGAAGUUGUCUCAAUCUUCAACUCAAGAAGCAAAGAGGUUAAGUUUGCCCAAUAUAGGCAUUACCAGUUCAACCAUUAAAAAACAGGCUCAAAGGUGAAUGCCGUGGUGACCGCUGGUAAGAUAUGAAGGAUCAUUGCUGGGGAUGAGAAUAAGAAGCCAGUUCUUAGGUCAAGAUCAUUGAAUUGAAGGAAUGUGAUGACUCACCAAGUAGUGACCAGCUCUGUACAAAAGCUACUAAAUGGAAUUUUUCUGUAAUUGAUUCUUUCAAAUAAUCAAUGCGCCACACUUCAUCAAAGGACAUCUUGUAGUAGAUGGCCUUUGUAAUAAUAAGGCGAAGGAGUGUUUCCUGUCGUUUGAGUUGUAUUUUAUUUUAUAUCUUGAUCCAGUGAUUUCCUACGAUGUGAGAGUGCAUGUACUCACAUGCACAGUUUUGUGGCAGUAAUAGCCACUCUUUUUUUUUUUUUUUUAAGAUUCAGUUUGUAUGUAUCUUCACCUUGUAAUUUAUCUUUAUAUUGAAUGUCUGGGUAAUUCACUUUA